AUGGCAACGCGGCCUCGGCCGCGGCCGCGAGUGCGACGAGCGGAUACGGAAGAUCGCCCGAACCAGAGUUCUGAUGAUGCAUUCUUCUUUGCAAAGCGCGCACGAACCGCAGACGCGCAAGACACGUCCGGUGGCAUGGUGGAGGAGGCGGAUGUGUCAGGCCCGUCACGUCGAAAUCGAAAGGCUCUCUCCUACGAUUGGGUGGCACACGGCCCCAAGAAGGAGGCCGUCGAGCCGCUUCCAUCAACGAACACGAUACCCGAGGAGUCAGCACCGCAUGAUCGGAGUGUAAGUCUGUCCCCACCUCCGCCGGAACUAGAGCAAGAGGCCCAGACGUACGCGCGACAAGCGAUUGAGCAAGUGACCAACACGCAGCGAGACAGACUACGAGCACUAGAAGCCACCAGUAGCCUAGUCGAUGAGCCAUCCAGUGACGUUUCACUGGAACUGGAUGCGGAUCUCGCGCAGUUUUAUCGUGGACAUGAUGCUCAUCGCUUAAGAGAGCGUGCUAUUGAACGUGAAAUGGAGCGCCAGCGAUCUGCGCAGGAGGAGCGAGAAUGGGUCCCUGAUGAGGACGGUGGCGAACCCGUACAGGUGUUUGAAGUGUUGGACUCAUCCGAUGACGACAGAGUGCUAGCCAAGCCGACUCCUUCUAUGCCGCCAUCGUCACCGCCACCCGAUGCAGAGGACACCGCGGGCACACGGCUUCUUAUGCUCCGUGGGGCACGGCACCUCGAGGUCCAAGUGCGUGUGCGGCCAACGACGCAGGUGCAUACGAUGCUGGCUCACUUCUUGCAAACGCAUGCACACGCACUUUCACAGGAAGAGAAAGCGUCUAUUUAUAUGACGUUCGAGGGCGAGCGACUCGAUCCACACACGAGUGUGGAAGAUUUGGACGUGGAAGACGAUGACCUACUGGAUGUAAUGUGGUGA